GGCGAGAAAUCGUGAAACUGCAUCUGAAAACAGAUAUGUUAGAGCUUAAGGACAUUGAGCGACGUAGUAAUAUAUAUAAGUAAUAAUAUUUGUUUGGUGAACAGAGGAUGUGUUGAUUUUGUCAAGCAGAUUUGUCAAGCAGAGACAAGAUGAAUAGUAAAGUAGAUCAAUUCGCCAACAUUGUAAAUGUUUCCCACAAGAAACUCCAAGUAUGCCGUUUGUGUGGAGAAAAGUCUUCGCACUAUAUUCCAAUAUUUGAGGACAAGGAUAAUUAUAUUUCGGAAAAAAUAAGUAGAUGUUUACCGAUCAUUAUUUUUCCAAAUGACAAUUUACCUUCCAAUGUAUGUGGACAUUGCCUAAAUUACUUGAAUACUAGUUAUGAGCUGAUUCUUACUGCAGUAGAGGCAGAUAAACGUCUACGAAUGCAAUUGGAUGAAGAACAGAAAAAUGCUAUCUUUACAGACAGAAAUGUCGUAGCACCUUGCGAGGAACUAAAAAUAUCUAAUGUAACAAAUAUCAGACCACCAUCAAUAAAAGAACUCAAGAGACGAGCUAUCAUCGGCCCUGUCAAAUGUGACAUGUGCAACUUGGAUUUUCAAAAUCUAGACACAUUUGAUGACCACAUGGAACAAUUUCAUUUUUUCAAGUGGAGAUGUCAUCUCUGCGAUAACAGUUUUAACGAAUUUAAUAAGCUAAUAGUGCACAAAGCAUCGAAACAUAAUAGUAAUGUCGCAAUAUGCAAUAUUCGUCAAUACACUAUCGAUCAGAAUAAACAAGACAAUACUGAAAAGAGUGUUGAGAAUAAUCAGAACGACCAGCAGGACAUUAUACACACAAGUGAGAAUAUCCAUUAUAACCAGAUUAAAACGGAAGUGAUACAUGACAACAGUGUUCAGAAUGAUGAGAGUAAUGAACAAGAGAUGAUAGUUGAGAAUAUUCAGAAUAAUCCGAAAAUGGAGCAAGAGAUUAUUAAUGAAAACAGUUACGAACAAGUUGUUACCAUGAAGAAUAACGAAAUAGCAGGAUCAAUUAACUUUGAGAUGGAUUUCAGAAAUGAUAUUCUUGAAAUAAAAAAUAAUUGCAAUCUGACACAGGCCUCGAUGAAACGAACUAAUCGCAGGUCUGAUUUGAACAAAGUCGUAAAAGAGCAAAAAAGAGUUUGGCUACCACUCAAAACAACUCAGCAUAAAAGAGUUUGGCUAUCACUCAAAACACCUCAGCAAAAGAAAGAUCAAUUGUUUUGUGAUUCUUGCAAGAUCCGCUUUGGAGACGAGCGACAUUUCGAGGCCCAUAAUAAGAUACAUGAGGAGAGAGUUAUGGCUUGUACAAUAUGCUCUACAGAAUGUUCGUCUGUAUACAAUCUAUUUCUUCAUAAACGUGAAAAGCACAAUAUGUACAAAAAGACGCAGUUAAAGUAUACGUGUGAUAAAUGCGGACAAUUCUUUACACACGGCUGGCAUUGGCAGAAUCACAAUGAAAAUAAGUGUUCCAAAAUGGUCGACAAAUGUUGCAAAUAUUGCAACACAGUUUUCUCGACACGUCUCAAACUGAUACGCCAUUUAAGGAAACACAAAUGGGAGAUGUUUAGUGAUCCGACUGUGACUGUAUAUAAAUGCGUUGCUUGUCCUAAAAUAUUUGUCGACAAGGAAUUUUAUGAAAAACAUAGAAACGUGCACGAUCCAGAAUGUUGGGAUAAAUUCCGAUGUGAUGUUUGCAACCGACCGUUCAGGGAUAAGUUUCGAUUAAGGGAACACCAGCUGUCCAUUCAUCAGAACAUUAAGCCUCAUCAGUGUAAUAUCUGUGGACGUUCUUUUGUACGUUUGCAUAAUAUGAAGGUACACUGUAAAAUUCACUUCGAGAAUAAAUGCGAUCACUGUAACGCAGUUUUUAAAAAACGCUUGGAUCUAAUAAAACAUGUACGAGAGAUACACGGUUUGAAGUUGUCCGACAAACGCCGCGCGAAAAGAGAUUACAUCUGCAAAUUCUGCGGCAAGAAGCUCAGUACCCAUCAAUCGUUGAUGAAUCACGAGAGAAUUCAUACUGGAGAAAUGCCGUAUAGCUGUCCGAUAUGUCAUCGGCCCUUCCGAAGUUACAUCUCCAGAUGGACUCAUAUACAGCGUCAUCAGAAAGGAACCUUUGUAUGUGAACAUUGUGGAAAGUGCUUCAGUUACAAACAAAAUUUAAUUGUUCACAUUGCGACGCACUUGCCUGUGGAGGCUCGUAAAUAUCAGUGUAAUAUAUGUGAAAAGAAGUUUCUGAGGAGUUCUCACCUGGCUAUUCACAAACGUAUCCACAGCGGAAUACGGCCUUUUAAAUGCGACGUGUGCUCGUUAAGUUUCACGCAAAAGGGUGAUAUGAAACGGCACCGAGCGCGGCGACACCUCUCGGAAAAGACAAACCUGUAAAAGAUACAUGAACUAAAAGAGCAUGAAAAUUACAAAAUUUCUCUACUGGUAUACAGUAGGUAAAUAUUUAUUCUUACUUAGCACCCGCCA